AUGGCAGCGGCAAAGGGUCCAUCAGAUUAUGUUCGAGUCCAAAUUCAAAAUCCCGAAGCGGUGCAUGGACUUUCGUACCAGCCGACCACCAUGCACCACUACGGACCACCGAGUGGCCGAGAGAAGAUAAGAUGGUCACUAUGGGAUUGGUCCUGGGAGCUUGCAGCAUGCCUGGUUGCGAUCCUCACGCUAGCCAGCAUUAUCGUGGUCCUGCGCAUGUACGACGGCAAGACGCAGCCAAACUGGCCAGCGGGGAUCAACCUCAACGCCAUCAUCGCCCUGCUGACGACUCUCAUGAAAGCUGCCAUGGCCACGUAUAUCGCAGAAGCUCUGUCGCAACUCAAAUGGACUUGGUUCAAGGAAACGCGCAAAUUGAGUGAUCUUUCUGCCCUUGAUUCAGCCAGUCGUGGUGCUUGGGGUUCAGCACAGCUCCUUGUUCAAUACGUGCCUCGUCACCUUGUUUCUCUCGGGGCCUUUGUUCUAGUCUUCGCUGUGGCCAUUGGUCCCUUUACCCAGCAGGUCAUCGAUGUCAGAUCCCGCUCCAUUGCGCGCGAGGGAGGCGCCGCCAUCCGGGUCUGCAACACAAGCAUGUAUGGAGACUGGGGGGAGGGCCAAUCGCCAGGGAUGAAUCUAGUACCGUUGGGCACAACAGGAGCGAUAUACAAUGGCAUCAUGCAGACGUCGCUCAAUGAUCAAUCCUCGGUGACUUGUCCAACAGGCAAUUGCACGUUUGCGCCGUAUCAAUCGCUCGGCUUCUGCAGUAAAUGCGGCGAUUUGACCAGUGCGCUCACACUGGCUAGCUCUGACGACAGCACGUACUCAUACAACUACACGCUUCCGAAUGCCCUUUUCUUCAAUACCACCGGGGCGUCGCCGUAUACCAUCAAGGCAACAACGAACGUCAACCUCCUCCGCCUGGAUACAUCCGGCUUGCCUCUCAUUCUCAAUUUCUCGGCUAUCACUACUUCGCGAAUGACAAUGCCACCUAAGGUGGCAGCCAUGGAAUGUGCAUUCUACUUCUGCGUCUCGACAUACCAAGCAAUUGUCAGGCGAGGCGAUCUGACGGAGGACAGCUUUCCGACCACGACUAUAUCCAACUAUUCCACCAAUGAUGUAACUUUGAAUACCGUAACAUCGGCACAGCCUUGUCUGAACGAGGGCCAGUGCAACUACGCCAUCAGUUGGUUGAGCAUCCUUGCAAUGAGAAAUACUCUCAGUCCCCUUGUUUCAGGGUUCGGCACUUUGCCCGUGUCGAACAGACCAUACUUCACGUCUGAUACCCUGCGCGCACUGUACGGCGCGUCCGGCAACCUGACACAGAUCAAUGGGACAUUCACCUCCAUCGCCGCGGCGCUCACCGCAAAUGCCAGGAAUCGGGUCUGCCAGGGAACGGUGUCCGGCGACGCGUGGACGAAUGUAUCGUACAUCCGCAUCCGGUGGCUGUGGAUGUUGCUCCCCGUUGUAUUGGUCGUCCUGAGCAUAUUGUUCUUCAUCAUCACGGUCAUUCAUACCCGGAACCAGUACAUUUGGAAGUCCUCUCCGCUGGCGCUGCUGUGCGCCGACCUGCAGAUUGAUGGCUCGGUGCAGCCAUUGAAGUCGGGGAAGAUAGAUCCAGACCAGAAGAGGUUGGAUGAGAUGGCGAAAUUGUCCAAAGUUCGAAUGGAGGCUGGUUCUUGGGGGUCACUGAUGCAUGGUCACGUAGUUCAUCGAGCCUGA